UGAUGGCUGCCUGUGACCCCCGCCACGGCCGAUACCUCACCGUGGCUGCUGUCUUCCAUGGUCGGAUAUCCAUGAAGGAGGUCGAUGAGCAGAUGCUUAACGUGCAGAACAAGAACAGCAGCUACUUUGUGGAAUGGAUCCCCAAAAACGUCAAGACAGCUGUCUGUGACAUCCCACCUCGUGGCCUCAAGAUGGCAGUCACCUUCAUUGGCAAUAGCUCAGCCAUCCAGGAGUUCUUCAAGCGCAUCUUGGAGCAGUUCACUGCCAUGUUCUGCAGGAAGGCCUUCCUCCACUGGUACACAGGCGAGGGCAGGGACUAGAUGGAGUUCACCGAGGCUGAGAGCAACGUGAAUGACCUUGUCUCUGAGUAUCAGCAGUACCAGGAUGCCACCGCAGAAGAGGAGGAAGAUUUUGUUGAGGAGGCCGAAGACAAGGCCUAUGACAGAGCCCCCAUCACCUCAGAUUCUUCAGUUCCCUUAGCCAUCUUACUCAACUGCCCCUUUCCUCUCCCUCAGAAUUUGUCAACAGAAAACAGACUAAAACAGAUGGAGAUGAAAAGUAUUGAUACCAGGGAGAUCAAGAAACUGAGAGGCCAGAGGGUUGAGUGGGUGCACCAAAUAGAUGCUGAAACCACCUGGAAUUUCAGCAUGAUUGGAGAGAAGGGAAAGUCUGUGAGUCAGAGAAGUGUAUAA